AUGGCUCACCGCAUCCAGAAGAUUGAGCAGCACGUGCUGGCUGGCGAUGCCGCCGUCUCCGGUGGCCUCGAGAUGCGCGGCGUCGCAAGCGCCGAGGAUGCCGACUUCGACGCCCGCGUGGCGGCCAUGAAGACCUGGAUGGGAUCUGAGCGCUUCAAGCACACCACGCGCCCCUACAAGGUGGAGGAUGUGGUGAAGCUCCAGGGCACCAUGCCCAUGUACUUCAACGGCGCCAAGAUCUCCGACAAGCUUUACAAGAUGCUCAGGGACCACCAGGCCAAGGGAACCUGCUCCCACACUUUUGGCGCCCUCGACACUGUCCAGGUCACCCAGAUGGCCAAGUACCUCACGUCCGUGUACGUCAGCGGCUGGCAGUGCUCCUCCACGGCCUCCACUUCCAACGAGCCGGGUCCGGAUGUGGCGGACUACCCUUACGACACCGUGCCCAACAAGGUGGACCAGCUCUUCCGUGCCCAGCUUUUCCAUGACCGCAAGCAGUACGAGGAGCGCCGACGCAUGUCGCCUGAUGAUCGCUCAAAGGCCACGGUUGUGGACUACAUGAACCCCAUCAUUGCCGAUGCGGACACCGGCCAUGGCGGCAUCACCGCAACGAUGAAGCUGGCAAAGAUGUUCAUCGAGAAUGGUGCCGCCGGCAUUCACAUCGAGGACCAGAAGCCUGGCACCAAGAAGUGCGGCCACAUGGGCGGCAAGGUCCUCGUCUCCACCCAGGAACACAUCCAGCGUCUCAUCGCGAUCCGCCUCCAGGCCGACGUGCUGAACUCGCCCUUGGUCAUCGUGGCGCGCACCGACGCCGAGGCUGCCACCAUGAUCGACUCGAACAUCGAUCCAGUCGACCAUCCCCACAUCAAGGGCGCCACCGUCAAGGGCGUUGAGACCCUGUAUGAGGCCAUGCGCAAGGGCACCGACAAGGACUGGGAGCAGCGAUCCGGCUGCAUGACCUUCCCGGAUGCCGUUGCCAAGGCCAUGAAGGCCAAGGGUCAGGACCCGGCCAAGUUCCUGCAGGAUUCCCGCAAGAUGUCUAUGGACCAGAUGAAGAAGGCGGCUUCUGGCAUGGGCUUGGACAUCCACUUCGACUGGGAUGCCGCCCGCUCCGUGGAGGGCUACUACCGAAUCAAGGGCUCCACCGAGUUCUGCAUUGAGCGUGCCAUCGCCUUCGCCCCCUAUGCCGACAGCAUCUGGAUGGAGACCGGCAAGCCUAUCCUGGCGCAGGCCACGCAGUUCGCCAAGGAGGUCCGCGCAGCGGUGCCCCACCAGAUGCUUGCCUACAACCUGAGCCCGUCCUUCAACUGGGACACCGCCGGCAUGACCGAUGCGCAGAUGGAGUCCUUCAUUUGGGACCUGGCCAAGCUCGGCUUCUGCUGGCAGUUCAUCACCUUGGCCGGCUUCCACUGCGAUGCUUUGAGCAUCGAUCUCUUCGCCAAGGAGUAUUCCAAGCGAGGUGCGGCCGCAUAUGUGCAGAUGAUCCAGCGCAAGGAGCGUGAGCACAAGGUGGAGACCCUGACCCACCAGAAGUGGAGUGGCUCUGAGAUUGUGGACGAGAUGGGCAACAUCGUGAGCGGUGGACUUUCCUCGACCGGCAUCAUGUCUGCCGGCGUUACGGAGAAGCAGUUCUAA